UCACAUGAGUUAAAAAGCACUCAUAACUCUCUCUCUCUCUCUCUCUCUCUCUCUGAAUCAAUUUGCGACAACAAUGGGAGAAAACAAGCCAUAUUUGGCCAUGAUCAUAGUUCAGAUUAUAUUUGCAGGCAUGUCCAUGAUCUCCAAAGCUGCCUUCAAUGGGGGCAUGAACACCUUUGUGUUUGUAUUCUACAGGCAAGCUAUUGCUGCAGUUAUAUUAUUGCCUCUAGCUAUAAUAUUUGCAAGGAAAACUGCCCCUCCAUUGCCAUUCAAAUUGAUGUUCAAGAUUUUCAUGCUUGCUCUAUUCGGAUACACAGUCAACUUGAACAUGCACAGUAUCGCCAUCAACCUCACCUCUGCAACAGUAAAUCUCAUACCUGUUUUCACUUUUAUUAUUGCACUUUUAUUUCGGGAAGAAAUUAUCAGAUUGAGGACUUUCACAGGAAUCGCCAAGGCAAUUGGAAUACUAAUUUGCUUUACAGGAGUCAUGAUUAUUGCAUUUUAUAAAGAUCGUCAUUCGAAUCCAUUCAUCAACGAUCACCAAAUUCUCCACGGAAGUAAUCAGAAUCGUUCACAUACUAGUAUGAACAGGACAUGGAUAAUUGGCACUUUUCUCAUGAUUUUGGUUGCAUUUUGUUGGGCUUUAUGGUUUGUGUUACAGGGGUUAUUAUUGAAGGAAUAUCCAUCAUGGAUUUGGUCCUCUGCUCUUGUGAGCAUGUUUAGUGCACUCCAGUGCUUUGUUGUUGCCAACAUCGCAGUAGAGAGGAAUGUGAACAAAUGGAAGCUACAUUGGGAUGGCGGACUUCUUGCAGUAGUAUAUAAUGGAGUGUUGGUGGCUGGACUCGUGUUAUACUUGCAAACUUGGUGUAUACACAAAAAAGGCCCUGUCUUUGUGGGAAUGUUCUUUCCUUUGGCUCUUGUUGUUACCAUUAUAGCCUCCUCCUUCAUCAUAGAGGAAGUUGUAAGUCCUGGAAGCAUUGUGGGUGGAGCUUUUAUGGUUGUAGGCCUUUAUUCUGUCCUAUGGGGAAAGAGCGAAUUCAAAUGCUGA